UGCCAAACCACUGUUACAAAAUUAGUGUUGCAGUAUGUCCACUUAUUCUCACUCACCACUUCAGCUCUGCACUGCCCUAAAGAGUCUGACACGCUUUACUGGUGAAGGAGACAGAGAGAGGAAGAAGAUGUCGGCCGUGGCUGAAGACCUGGAGGCUGAGCUGAGCUGCGCCGUGUGUUUAGACGUGUAUAAAGACCCACGGCUGCUGACCUGCGGCCACAACUUCUGCCACACCUGUCUGCUCAGAGUAUGGGAGAACCAGGAUGCCAACCUGCAGAGAUAUUCGUGCCCAGAGUGCCGCACUGUGUUUGAAGACUAUCCUGCCACUCAGAGGAACAUCAAACUGUCCAACAUCAUUGAACGCAUCCAGGCCAGCAGAGACCCGCUGUCCGAGAACAGCGUUGCUGGACCAGUGCAGCAAAGCAGUGCCGGUGAUGCUACAUGCAUGCUAAUGAGGACAGAAGUGUGCGCUAAUCAUGGGAAGCCCUGGGAGUUUUUCUGCAAGGAGCAUAAGACCUGUCUCUGCAGAUCCUGCCUGGAGGAGCACAAAACCCACCAGUACCAGCUGCUGGAGGACGCUAAAGCUGUUAACAUGGACGUUCUGAAAGAAAACAUCAGGAACCUGGAGGAUUCACAGAAGCAAAUGCAGACCAAUGUGGAAUGGCUGCAGGCUGCUAGCUCACGGCUAGCCAGUGAUCGUGCUAAACUGAGGGAGCAGGUAAUACAGCUGUUUAAUGGCAUACAAGAGACUCUCAAUGUUGAGAAGGAGACCGUUUUAGCUCUAGUUGACAACGAGAAGGAAACAUCUCUCACACUUUUAGAGUCUCGCACCAGGGAAAUGGAGAAGAAGAGAGAGGAGUUAGCAUGGCUAAUCACAGAGGCUAAUGGACUGGCAGGAAAAGAGAUAUCCAGCCAAGACUUCAUGGACCGUUUCAGCUGGGUGCUGGAAAGGAUGCUAAAUGCUGAUAAAACCGCCCCACUAUGCCGUGUGGAGAAGCGGGAGCUGGACAGGACUGUUAUUGGUCAGCUAAAGCGACAUGGUCAAGCUGCAGUGAGGAAUCUUAGCAAAGGGAUAUGUGAAAAACUAAGGCAGGAGAAAAGCACGCUAAUGGAGCCUCCACGGCUGAUACAACAAAAAACAGUCAGUUCUACCACUCUGAAGCCUUCUGUGCUACCCAAACCAAUCCGCUCCCUCACUCUGAAACCUUCCACACAUUUCACCUUGGAUCCAAACACGGCUCACUGUAACAUUAGCAUAUCUGACGACCUUUUAUCUGCCCAGUGGGUGGCCAGUCCUCUGCCCCAUCCGGCUCAUCCGGAGCGUUUCCGGCUGCACCCGCAAGUGCUAUGUGGUCAGGGCCUGUCCAGAGGAGAGCACACUUGGCAGGUGGAAGUGGGCGGGACCCGGAGGUGGGAGGUGGGGGUCACCUGUAAGAGCCGUGACCAGGCCUGGGUGGACUCCUGCAUCAGCUGGGCUCUGCGCUGGGACGGUCGCCGGCUCCAGGUGUUCGAGGGUCACAAGCGUUACUCCAACCCCAAACUCAGCACCAUAAAGCAAGCCCCAGCACUCAUACAGGUCCACCUGGACUGUGGACAAAAAACAUUGAGUUUCUUAACUGCAGAGGAGGGUCUCCUGCACAGACUCAGUAUUAAUGCCUCAGGACCCGUCUUUCCAGGCUUCUAUUUGGAGGAAUCGUUUGUGAAAAUCAGGAAGCAGGAAAUUAUCCAAAAACCAAUAAUUACCUGAAUUUCAUAGUGACUGCUUUCAACCAUACUUAAUAUGACUGUAGAGAUAUAGAUGACACAGCAAGAGAAGCACUGAUCAAUAAAACAGGAAGAUUUUUAUUCUUUCAAUAAACAGGUAAAGUCACCAUGCCCCCCAGCAGCACUGGAGCAAUUAUUUCUCCAUGUGUGAAUGCUAUACAAACAGAGAAAUAAGCUCCAACCACAGACUUUAGGCCUGUGGACAGUAGAAACCACUGAAAGGGCUCAAAGGAACAACAAUGCCGCAGUGAACCUUUGUGUUUUGAAACUGUUUUGAAGCAAAUAAAUGUAUAUCUAAUAUCAAACAA